CGAUUUUGGCGGCGCCGCAAUUACAACGCGGUGGCGAAACUGACCACCACGACUCGAUGAGUGCCGACUGUCAACUACAAAGUACCUAGCGAGACGCAUCUCUGUCUCUAGCAAGACAAGCAGUGUAGGGCAGCCUGCUGCGGUGGAAUUUUGGUAAUUGACGGGCACAUUCGCUUGCUACUCAAAGUGUGGCCUCGGUCACUCCUUCGAAGUUGCCGAGCCUCCUCAUCCGCGCUGCAGCCUCCAAACGUACACAUCCUCCAUGGAGAAUUUUCACGACGAUUUGGUGAUCGAACUGGCCACUCACCUCGACAUCGACAGCUUCAUGAACUUCCGCCUUGUCAACAAGCACAUCUGGAAGGCUGUGCAAAGUCGCAUUGCUGCAGUUACGCUCUACAUCGCUAAGAGGACAUUUCCUGGUCAGAAGCGUAUACUGCUUCGCAUGCCAACGGAAGAGGCUGACGCUCGCUGGCUUGCAAGCUUCCGCAGUAAGCAGCUGGCCAUGAUUACUGUCGAGUGCUUGAAGCCUUCCAUCCCUGCCGACGAUCCGCUCUGCGACAGUGUGUGGCACAAAGUCGAAGCUAGCUGGGAUGCCGUUGCAAGUCGAUACACUUAGUCUACAGAAAUUUUACGGCAGGCGCCCAUGUACCAAUUCCGGCGAUGACGAGAAAUUCGACCGGUACUAUCAGUUCCAUCAUGGCAACAUGCGGACGCUGCAGCACCGUUAUGAACUCGAGGACGAGAUACUGGAAGACAUUCGGCUCGGAAGGUCUGCUCUGCCAGCGGGUCACAGCCGCAGGAACUAGCGUGCAGGGAAUGACGGCAUGAACAUCAUUUACAGUCAACUGGGCUCUAUCUGUGCUGAGCAAAGGGGAGCCUUGGAUCCGCGCGAGAGAGUGCGC